UAUCUACCUAAAAGUCUAAAAGUGAUUAUUUGUCAAAAAAUUUCAGAUUUUGCUUUUAUGGGCCGAAAGGUUGACUACAGAGUCAAAGCCCAAAUUCGUAUCUGAAAAACUCAACGUCCUCUUCCUCAGUCAUUUCACUUCAGUUCCAGUAUCCGUAAAGCUCCGACAGACGGCGAAACUGGAAACAUACGAUCAACAAUGGCGGGAACUUCACGGGGAAGUACUCGGAGCAGAGCUUCGAAAUCUUCCACUGAAAAUCCCCAAAUCCGUAAUCCUAAUCGUAUUCUACGGAAGGAUAAAACUAGAAAUAACAGCUUAAUUCGCAUUUUCAGCGUCAACCUCAAAUUCCUUAUAGGAUUUGGAAUUAUUGCCUUCGCGAUCGCACUUCUUUUCAUUUAUACACUCAUUAAUCCCAUGGAGAAACCUCAAAAACCAAGAGUCAUCACUCCACUUUCAGCUCCAAAACUAAUGGAUCUUCCAAUGUUUCAAGGAGAGCAUAGAGAGAGCUUGUACUGGGGUACUUACAGGCCUCAGGUUUAUUUUGGAGUUCGCGCAAGGACUCCGCAAUCAUUGGUUGCUGGCUUAAUGUGGCUUGGAGUCAAGAAUGAGAGGUAUUUCAUGCGUCAUGUAUGCCAAGAUUCAGAUGAGUUGAAACAAUAUGGCUGGACUAGUCAUAAUGGACGGGAUUAUGGACAUCAGGUUCUGAGUGAACAGACAAUGACCUUGACUACUAGUUUUCUGAAAUCCAAGGAUCAUGGUAGUGGCUAUGGUGGAGACUGGGCUGUUCGAAUUGGAGUGCAGAGCAAUGCAUCUGUCCCUGAUGAAGAAAUGUUAAAAACUGCACACUUGUUUUUUUAUGUGGCUGAUGAAGGCGGGAAAAGUCUUACUUUGGGUAGCCGAGUCUUGGAUAUUCAUGGUGAUUCUAUUUUGGCAUCAGGAUCACGUAGUGACAUUGGAGACUGGCAGCUCCACUUAUUUUCAGAGGAUGUAUCUGGAGUACAUUAUUCUGGCUUCAAGACACCUCACAUUCACAAUCUCUCUGAUCUAGUCCAGGCAAAUUUGGCAGUCCAAGCAAGACAAUUUGGCCAUUUACAGCUUUCGGACUCAUCUGAUGAUUCUCCCAGCAUUUUAGUAUUUCAGAUUUCUGCUAGGAUUCCUUUCAAAGCAGACAUUGUUUUUCUUUCUGGAACCAGUACUCGUGAUUCAAGAGUUGAAGAACGGGCCAGCAGGCUGACAGGUACUUCACUGACUACUUUAUUCUCUGAGAAGCAAAAGGAGUUCGACAAUAAGUUUAAGAAAAGCUUUAUCCUAUCUGAUGAGCUUGGUUUGGAGCCUGUGACUGUUGGUAAGGCUGCUCUUGGAAACAUGUUGGGUGGGAUUGGAUACUUCUUUGGCCAGUCAAAGAUUUCACUUCCAUCAAUCUCCACUCCUAAUGCUGGGGAUAAUUCUGUCUUAUACUGGCCUGCUGAGCUAUAUACAGCAGUUCCAAGUCGGCCCUUCUUCCCAAGGGGCUUCCUAUGGGACGAAGGUUUUCAUCAACUGCUAAUUUGGCGUUGGGAUGUAUACAUUAGCUUGGAUAUCAUUGGACAUUGGUUAGAUCUGAUGAAUAUUGAUGGAUGGAUUCCGCGCGAGCUAAUCUUAGGUGCCGAAGCAUUGAGUAAGGUCCCAGAAGAAUUUGUUCUUCAGCAUCCAACUAAUGGAAACCCACCGACACUGUUUUUGGCCUUGCGAGAUCUGAUCUCCAAGCUGAAGAAAGAAAAGUUUGCUGCAACUGAGGCCAGGGAUAUCUCUGUCUUCUUGGAUCGGGCAUUUGUCCGCCUUGAAGCAUGGUUCAAAUGGUUUAACACAACUCAAGCCGGAAAGGAAAUAGGUAGCUAUUACUGGCAUGGAAGAGAUACUGCAACGAUCCGUGAACUAAAUCCUAAGACCUUAUCUUCUGGACUGGAUGAUUAUCCACGUGCAUCUCACCCAAGUGAAGAUGAACGUCACGUGGAUCUUAGAUGCUGGAUGCAUCUUGCAGCAGAUUCCAUGCACUCAAUAGCAGAGCUUCUGAAGAUGGAUAAAGAUAUCAAAAAGGAGUAUAGUUCAACUGCAAAGCUUCUCUCAGAUUUUGAACUUCUUAACAAGAUGCACUUAGACACUGCAAAUGGAGCUUAUUGUGAUUAUGGAAAUCAUACAGAGAAGGUUCAAUUAACUUGGAAAAUAGUGGAGACUGGAAGCAACUACCCAAGGCGAGAGUUCAUACGAGAAGUCCUAGAAAAACCUGUUCUACAACUGGUUCCUCAUCUUGGUUAUGUUAGCCUUUUCCCAUUUAUCCUCAGGCUUAUUCCACCUGACUCACAGAUACUCGAGAGUCAGCUUGACCUCAUCUCCAAUAAGAGCAUUUUAUGGACUGAUUUUGGGCUGAGAUCCCUAUCCAAAACAAGCUCCAUGUAUAUGAAACGGAAUACGGAGCAUGAUCCUCCAUAUUGGAGAGGGCCUAUCUGGAUACCCUUGAAUUAUUUGAUCGUUUCGUCUCUUCAUCACUACUCUCAAGAGCCCGGACCAUACAGAGAAAGAGCCAAAACCGUCUAUAAUGAAUUGAGGAGCAAUUUGAUAAGAAAUAUCGUUGGAAAUUAUAAACGGACUGGGUACUUGUGGGAACAAUAUGAUCCCAAGAAAGGGAAAGGGAAAGGUGCACGCCUGUUUACUGGAUGGACAGCAACUGUGCUAUUGAUCAUGGCAGAAGCUUACCAUGAAGUUUAGUAUCACCCUAAUGUAGCAAAAGCAAUCAUUUUUGACAUAUUGAAUUCAGACCUCCAAAAAAAUACAUUUUACUAAAGAUUUGAAGGCGAGGCAAAAAAGACCGCUAACGCCCCUGCAUUUCCCUCUUUGAGUUGGCCUAUCAGAAAGAAAAAACGAGUGAAUGCGCUAGAUGUCUAUCGUUUUUUCAAAUUACUGGUACUGGCUUUCAAACAAACUUAUACUAAUGAAAAUGAAGUAAAUAUGUCAAUCUUGAUCUCGCCUAACUCAGUGUACUCUUGAGCCUUUCACAAAGGGAAUUACUUCUUCUAUUCCCUCAAGAGUUAUAUUGACAUAUUGCAAAUGUGCAACUGGGAAGAGCAACAACUCGCCUUGAUAUGCCGAGUAAGUUCAUCUUACAUUAUUUAUUCAGUAUGGUGAGGAUUCAUUGUGAAUUGAAAAAAUUACAUAGUAAGGUGAACAUGUGAUAUGUAUUUACUAUACACAAUUAUAGUUAUUAGAGUGAGUUAGGCUUUUCUAGUAAUCUUUUAGCUCA